AUUUUUACGACGCUAGAUGUAAAAACAAUUAAAAUAACGUGGUUAAUACAAAAUGAGGUAAGAUUAACCGUGUUAAAUCUUCUGUAUCCAAUUUGUUAUUAUCUAAGGAAUUUAAAUCUCGGAAAGGCAAAUACACGCUCAUAUAUUUCACGUUCUUCUGAAUAAGGAAAAAUACUUCCAUGUCGUUUUGUGCUCCAGAUUGGAUGAGGUAUCUUUACGGUGGUGUUCAAUUUGCAAUAAGUCUGUUUCUGCCGAGAAAAAUAAGUGACAUUUUUAAUAAUUUUCCAGCUGGGGACUAACCUUAGCGGAGAGUGAUAAGUUAUCAUGGAGACUAUGAAUAAAGUGACGGAAGUAAGGGAUAGUUAUUUCGUAACUUAUGGAGUGUUUUAUUCAAUGGGUGUUUUGACUUUUGUGCCGUACUUCUUCUGCAUCCUUGCCACAGACUACUGGAUGUUCAAAUUUCGAGAUCCCUCUAGAGGUGGUCCAGUUCAACCAGACCGACCAACACCACCUCCAAUACCUCCAGAUGAUUUUGAGGAUUUUGCUUUUCUAGUGGAUGGGGCGGAAGACUCUGGACGUGCCAGAGAUCGGACACAAUUGCAGGCUAGUUUCACCUCUUCCUUCUCCAUCACGUAUCAGGUUUCUUUACUUGGAUUCCUGGUGGUCACAGCAUUAUUCCGUAAAAAGCUGCCACCUCCGUCCAAAAGAAUAAAGGCAGCGCUCUUUUCCAUGUUAGUCUUGUUCUUAAUACACACAGCCUUCACCAAAAUCAAUACAGAUUCAUUUCAGGAGGCAUUUUUUGCAAUAGCGAUGAUCUUGGCAGUACUACUCAAUCUGAGUAGCGCUAUAAUCAUGGUCAGUCUCUUCGAAUUGGUCAUAAACUUCCCCAUUGGUUACUACGGUACUAUUUUAUCCGGCCAGGCAAUUUGUGGGGUGGUCUCUGCAAUAGUACAAAUUUGCGUGCAGAGCAUUCGCUUACAUUAUCUUACCAGCGCACUGAUUUACUUUAUGGUGGGAUCUGUCAUCAUCCUAGCCACCACGAUUUUCUACCUGAUAACCAAGCAGAAGUCCAAAUAUUUCAUCUACAGGAUAGGACAGUAUGAAGACACUACCCAGCAUCCAGUAGACAAGAAGUUCUCCUUUAAUAUGGACAAAUUGAAGGGUGCUCUGCAGAGUACCAAGUGGUUCUUGGGGGCUAUGGUGUUCGUGCAAGGCAGCACAGCUAUGGUACAUCCUGGAUUGGCCGCUCUGAUAGUUUCGGUUGAGAGAGACAGCGGUGGAGGAGACCAAUGGAAUGAAAUAUACUUCGUCCCCGUGGUGACUUUCUUGGGUUUUCAUGCAUGCGAUUUGAUAGGAAGAGAAGUAGCUAGGAAAAUACAAAGACCCCGAAACGCCUUCGUAAUUCUGGCUUUGGCGUCGCUCAGACUAGUUUUGGUGCCCCUUCUUAUGCUUUGCAAUGCUCAGCCCAGAAGGCAUAUGCCAGUGAUGUUUGGGGACAACCAGUAUAUGAUUUUUAUAUAUAUGUUUGCCCUCUCACAGGGAUAUUUGGUCAACUUGUGUAUUAUAUCAGUGCCACGGGUUGCUAAGAAGGAGGAGUUAGAAUUUGUCACGGUCCUGCUGCCUUUAUUUUCUGUAUUGUCCGUAGCUAUAUGUUCUACUUUUAAUUUAGUGAUUAUAAGUUUAAUAUAAUUUAUUUUUUAUA